AUAAAUACACAUAUAGUCAAUCAUUGGUGGGGUCACGCGGAAUGUACGUGUUUAACAAGGGACGUUUAUCAUUCAGUAGUUAGCAACACAUGCAGUCAUGAACAUCAGCUUCGAAGGAAAACGUAUUCUAGUGACUGGAGCUGGACAAGGCAUCGGCAAGGAGUUGGCUCUUCGUCUCUCCAACUAUGGAGGUCAAGUGGUCGCGUUAUCGAAGACGAAGCGAAACCUCGAGGAACUGCACGCGGUGGAUCCUCGCAUUCAGAUUGUCUGCGUCGAUCUAAACGACUGGGACGCCACGAGGAAUGCGGUUGAAAGCGUGCUACCGAUUGAUCUUCUGGUGAACAACGCCGCUGUCGCGCGCCUCAACUCCUUCCUCGACAUCACGGAACAGGACUUCGACGUGACUUUCGCUGUAAACGUAAAGUCGAUGUUGAAUGUCUCCCAGGUGGUCGCUAGAUCUCUGAUCGAGAGGAAAGCGGGCGGCAGUAUCGUUAAUCUCUCCUCGCAAGCUAGCCAGGCAGCGUUAAUGGAUCAUACCGUCUAUUGCGCUUCCAAAGGAGCUGUAGACAUGCUAUCCAAAACAAUGGCCCUCGAACUUGGUCCGCACAAUAUACGGGUAAACGCGGUGAAUCCUACAGUGAUCAUGACAGAAAUGGGGAAAAUAGGCUGGAGCGACCCGAAUAAAGCGCGAACCAUGUUAAGCAAAAUACCACUGGGUCGAUUUGGAGAGGUAUCGGAGGUGGUUGACGCGGUGGUCUAUUUGUUGAGCGAUCGUAGCUCGAUGAUCAACGGAAUCACUUUGCCAGUGGAUGGUGGCUUUUUGGCCAUGUGAAUUACAAGAGCGUCCAAUCUUUUCUCGCAAUAUAAUUCUCAAUACCAGAGACGUUGUAAACAAUAUGUCGAGCGAAAAAAAAAAAGACUUUAUUAAAUAUAACAAAAUAUCUUCUUCCUUCAAAAAUAGAUUGAACUCUCGCUCGAAAGUUUAUAUUGUUCUACUAGCAUUUCACCAGAGAAAAUAAAAAAAAAAAAAAAAAUAGAAGAGGACAAUAAAAGAUGGAUGCUGGAAAGUCUGGAGAUAAAGUAAUAAAAGAGAGAGAAAGGCAAA